GUUAACUAAGAGAAGAAGGGAAACUAUCUCUGCAGUCACCAUGUAGCAAAUGUUAAAGACGCAUAAAAAGAGAUGGCGAGAUUUUUGUGCAGUCUCAAUCUUUUAAUUUUGGUAUUAUUUAUCCUGUGUUUUUGUGAUGUUUUGAGGUUUUCGGCAGUAACAGCACAAGAGAAUAACGACUUCUUGGAUAUCAAGGAGGAUGCAGAAGCUGACUUGCAGAAUGUCCCAAAGUUUGUGGAAUCAGAAGACAUAGACUCUGUGCCAAAGAGGCAGUUCAAGACAGCUGAGAUUGCAGAUGCAGUGAUGGGUAGUGAAGCCCCCAUUCACCCAUCUGACAUCGAGGCCCUCUUCCCUAAAAAUGUGAGAGACUACCAGUCGGGCUUCUCCCCACCUUGCGAUGAAAAUGCCGCCCAGUGUGGUUUACCUUCUUCAGCUGCUGAAAGCACAUCAUUAGAGGACAAGGAUACAUCACAGCAGGUUAUUCUGGAAAUGGUGAAUUUGGAUGUCACAGCAGCUGAGGAGCAAAACACCACAGAGGCUACUAAGACGUACAAGGUCACCUGUGAUAAGAGGAACAUCACAGGAAUGGAGAACUUCACUGUGCAGGUCCUUGAUGCUUCACAGGACUUGAUGGAUUUCCUGAAUGCCAAUAGCACAGAGUGCUCUGUGGUUCUCUUCUUCACUGCCUGGUGCCAGUUCUCAUCUAGCUUGGCUCCUCACUUCAAUGCCCUGCCACGUGUCUUUCCCAGCAUGCACUUCUUGGCACUUGAUGCCUCUCAGCACAGCAGCCUUUCCACAAGGUUUGGAACAGUGGCCGUGCCAAAUAUUCUGUUGUUCCAGGGAGCCAAACCAGUGGCUCGCUUUAACCACACUGAUCGAACGCUGGAGACGCUCACAGCCUUCAUUGCCAAUCAGACAGGGUUUGAAGCCGGCACCGACAGGAACGUGACGCACGCAGACCACCUGGGCCCCCUGCUCAGUGUGCCAAUUAAAGGCAUCGACUGGCUGCUGGUGUUCUCUGUCCUCUUCAUCGUGACUUUCACUUUUUAUGCCAUCCUGAGGACAGACAGCAUCCGCUGGCUCAUACCGGGACAAGAGCACGAGCAUCAGGACUGAAAGCAGUCGGACUGAAACUCACUGGAUGUAGAUAAUUAUUUCAUUCAUGAACAUUAAUUCUGUACAACAUUGUGGAUGAGCAAAAUAAAUAAAUAAAUGAAUG